AUGACUGAGCAAAACGAGACACCGUUAAGUAGUUCUGCUACACUCAAGGACGAGUUAGUUAGUUCUAUGUCAAGCAUGGUGACGGACAUGAAAAAUGAUAUUAUGCGCAAUGUUAAAGACCUCCUCUAUGCGAGAGAAGAGAUCAGGAGUGACGAUGACGAUCACACAGACCUGGAAGAUGAGUUUCCAGCCGCUCAGGCAGUGCAAAAUAUCGAUGAUUAUGCAAAGGAACGAGAACAAAUUCCUGAGGUAGACCAACACAGUGGGUUUUCAGACUUGCCUGCUGAGUUCAGUACUGCUGACCCCACAGGACCGGCUGUCGACGUUAAACUGACUGCAAUUGUCUCUGACCUCAUUGGCGGUAAACUACCUAAGAAAAAGUUGGCCGAGCUUGUGACUAAAUACCCAAGGCCUCAGAAUUGUGAGAGUUUGGUGACGCCAAGGAUAAAUCUACCAAUCUGGGGACAGAUGAAGCCGGGAUCCAAGGCGGUGGAUGUUGGUUUGCAAAAAGCACAGACCCUAUUUAUGAGCUCCAUGUAUGCUUUACUACGAGCAUGCCAAGAGUCGUCGGGAGAGAUGAGGACCAUACUUACUCAUUCACUUGUACUUUCGUUGGCGGCUAAUCGUGAGUUGAAUUUAAAACGACGCGAAAUGCUCAAACCAGAUCUGAAUACACGGUUUGCAGCAUUAUGUGGACCAUCGACUCCAAUAACGAAAGAUCUCUUCGGGGACAUUUCUAAGCAAAUCGACGACUUAUCUAAGGCCAAUAGAGUAGGCGAAAGAGUAGCAACCAGCAGGAGAGCACGUGUCAGGAGCUACCAGCCAUAUUCAGGAGCUAGACGUUAUGGAAGUCGACAAGGUUCGCAGUUCAAGUCGAACUAUCGAGGUUUUUUAGGCGGACGAGGCUCCCAACUACGAACCACUCGGGGGCGGGCAGCUGCGCCGCAAGUGAAGAGGAGCCGAGACUAGGAAAAGAGGUUGGUUAUAUGGGUAAGAUUGGCUUGUUAGUUAGUAAUCAGACACCUUUUGUAGCUGGUCAAUUGAGAUUUUGCGUAGAUCGAUGGAAUGAUAUUACCUCUGACUCAUUUAUUUUGUC